GACGCUUCGGAAAUUUUGAACUCUAAAUCCUUAAAAUUGUCUUAAACCAGCUGAUAGAUGACUACAAACUGUUUCGGUGUAGAAUUUAGAUGUCAUAGUGUAGAUUUAAUAGCCUCGUUGUCCUCAACGCGACCAUUAUGUUGCCUUGGAAGAAGAACAAGUUUGAGCUGAUAGAGGAAGAGAAGCUGCCGUCCAAGCAGAAGGGUUAUGCCGUCAGUCUCAACUACUCGGCGCUCACGUCGUUCGCCAAAUCCUGCCCGGAGAGCGCGCUCAACCGAGUCAGCAGCAUGUUCAAAUCCAAGAGGAAAAAGGUGAAAAUCACCAGCGAGGACCCCACGUACACGGUCCUGUACCUGGGCAACGCCACCACCAUCCAGUCCAAGGAGGGAUGCACGGACGUGGCGGUGAGUAAGAUCUGGGGCAAGAGCGAGAUGGGCAAGAACGGCACCAAGAUGAAGCUCACCAUCAGCUCGCACGGCAUCCGGAUGGUGCACGUGGACGAGAAGGCAAAGCGACCGGGACAUUUGUAUUUAUUGCACCGAAUCACAUACUGCGUCGCGGACCCGCGGCUCCCCAAGAUCUUCGCCUGGGUCUACCGGCACGAGAUGAAGCACAAGGCGGUGAUGCUGCGCUGCCACGCCGUGCUGGUGUCCAAGCCGGAGAAGGCGAAGGCCAUGGCGCUGCUCCUGUACCAGACCUCGGCGACCGCUCUGGCGGAGUUCAAGCGGCUCAAGAGGAGGGACGACGCCAGACACCAGCAGCAGCAGCUGAUCGGGGAGCAGACGAUCCCCCUGGUGCCCCUGAGGAAGCUGCUCAACGGACAGUGCUGCUAUAAGCCGCCGGUGGAGCGCAGCAGGAGCGCACCCAAACUGGGCUCCAUCACGGAGGACUCGGUCGGAGAGGAAGAGGAGGAGAAAGCGACGCACUUCGAGUGCGAGGAUGUUCUGGACACGGAGGGCGACUGCGUGUCCAACGGCAGGCAACAACAACAACAACACCUGUGCCAGAUUAUCAACGAUUUGGGCGGCAUGAGUAUCGGGAACGACGUGCAGACGCUGAAGGCCGACCUGAGGGUGACUCGCCUGCUGUCCGGGGAGAGCACCUGCAGCGAGUCCUCCAUAGACAGCAACCAUGAGCCGGUGUGUGUCCCCAAUGGCAUACUGGACGGAACAAUGCAGGAGGUCGGCUGACAUGCCCUUAAUAAACUGGUCUCAUGUAGCCGGACCCUUCAUAGUUAGCCAGCUCACUGAUUAGCCCCCAAAUGCUGUGUAUGGCAUGAAGGCCAUGGAGCAGAUUAUUUAAUCCACCAGAGCUGCAAUAAGACGCUUAAAGUCUCUGUAAGAGGUUUUAGGAGAGAUCUUGUUUACCUCAAGGAAAUGCUUUAAAAUAAGAAUCACAACAGUCCCCAAAAUAUAUAUAUAUAUAUGUGUGUGUGUGUGUAACUCAUUUUCCUUUCUCUGUUUCUGAUGGAGGAAGUGUCUAAAUCUGCUGAAUGUGUCUGAAAGUUUCCGUUUGUAUUUCUGAUCUUGCACUGGGGUGAAAUUCAGUAUUAUGUUAUUAUUUAAUGUGCAUAACAAUACUUUCCUAUGAAUGUUUAUACGGACAUGUUUAAUCUUUGCUGUGCAAAAGAGAAAAUAUCCUGAUGUACAGAGAUGUAUAUAAUGUGCAAACUUAAAUGCAUAAUUUUUUUAAAGAAUGUGGUUGUUUGUUUCUGUAAACACCAAUAAAGAUGUCAAAUGUACAUCGGUGGGGAAAGUUGAUUUGUGGUUAAAUGAAAUAC